GACAUUCCAGUGAUUGGGAAGAGUGGGCGUUCGUUCAGCUGGAGUCCAGACAUCGUUCUGCUGCUGCUGUUUGAUGGGGUCCUGUUCCACCUGCAGAGUGUCACCGCCUACGCCCUCAUGGGACGCAUCUCUCCCGUCACCUUUAGGUAGGUGUCUGACACACACAGGCAGGGGGUAUCUCAUUGCAGUUAGCCAUCAUUCCCUUCAGUUCUUUUACCUCAGUGCAGAUGAAGGAAAGUAGAUAAGGAUAGAGAGCCACGUGAAACUAUUGAGAUGCCCCCCCACCCAGUCACUUUCAGGUAGCACUAUUACACUUUCAGGUAGCACUAUUAUCCUUGACAGUCAUCGCAUUUAGACAGGCAGGCUGCCUGCAGCAGCGUCUAACACCCUCCCCCUCCCCCUCCCCUUGCCUCCACAGUGUAGCCAGCACAGUGAAGCACGCCCUGUCUGUCUGGCUGAGCAUCAUCUUGUUCAGUAACCACAUCACGGUGCUCAGCGCCGCCGGCACGGCCCUGGUGUUUGUGGGCGUGCUGCUGUACAACAAGGCCAAGCAGUUUCAGAGAGACACCUUACAGGCCCUGGCCCACGCCCAGGCUCAGGACCAACACUACAAACCACUACUGCAGGACCACAAGCUCAAAGCAUCGGACCGAUAG